GGCGGCGUGGCACGGCGUGGCACGGCAUGGCACGGCACAGCACGGCACAGAGGCCACCCGCGCGGGGGGCCGGGCCGGGCCAGGCCAGGGGGGACCUCGCCACAGGGCUGGCCGCGAGAUGUCGGUGCCCAAGCCAUAGUCACACUUAUUCUCAAGUUCCUGAACAGGCUACACUGGGAAAUACAGACUAUGCAUUUGAGAUGGCUAUUUCAAACAUCCGAUAUGGAGAAGGAGUUACUAAAGAAAUUGGCAUGGACCUGCAGAAUCUUGGUGCCAAAAGAGUUUGUUUGAUGACAGAUAGCAACCUUUCCCAACUCCCUCCUGUAAAAGCAGUAUUGAAUUCCUUGGCAAAAUACAGUAUAAACUUUCAGAUGUAUGAUGAAGUCCGUGUGGAGCCAACAGACCAAAGUUUCCUGGAUGCUAUUGCAUUUGCUAAAAAGGGAGAGUUUGACGCCUACGUUGCUGUUGGAGGUGGGUCUGUAAUAGACACCUGUAAAGCUGCCAACUUGUAUGCGUCCAGCCCUACGUCGGACUUCUUGGACUACGUCAAUGCUCCUAUUGGGAAAGGGAAGCCUGUCACUGUGCCCCUUAAGCCACUCAUUGCAGUUCCUACAACAGCUGGAACUGGAAGUGAAACUACUGGUGUUGCCAUUUUUGACUUCAAAGAACUAAAAGUAAAAACUGGCAUUGCUUCAAGAGCCAUUAAGCCCAUACUAGGCAUCAUUGAUCCUUUACACACAUUGUCUAUGCCAGAGCGAAUAGUGGCCAACAGUGGCUUUGAUGUGCUUUGUCAUGCUCUGGAAUCAUACACUGCUCUUCCUUACAAGAUGCGCAGUCCCUGCCCUUCAAAUCCAAUCGACCGACCAGCCUACCAAGGCAGCAACCCCAUCAGUGAUGUCUGGGCUCUCCAUGCUCUGCGCAUUGUAGCUAAAUAUUUGAAAAGAGCCAUCAGAAACCCUGAAGACCGUGAAGCAAGAGCUAGCAUGCACCUAGCAAGUGCUUUUGCUGGUAUUGGCUUUGGCAAUGCUGGUGUUCAUCUGUGCCAUGGAAUGUCUUACCCUAUUUCUGGUUUGGUGAAAACUUAUAAACCAAAGGAUUAUAAUGUGGAUCACUCUUUAGUGCCCCAUGGCCUUUCUGUGGUGCUGACAUCCCCAGCAGUGUUUGCUUUCACAGCGCAGAUAAAUCCUGAGCGGCACUUGGAAGCUGCAGAGAUACUAGGAGCUGACAUCCGCACUGCCAGAAUCAAAGAUGCGGGGUUUAUUUUGGCAGACACGCUCCGGAAAUUCCUGUUUGAUCUGAAUGUUGAUGAUGGCUUAGCUGCAAUUGGUUAUUCUAAAGCAGACAUCCCUGAAUUAGUCAAAGGCACUCUGCCUCAGGAGAGAGUGACCAAACUAUCACCACGUCCUCAGACAGAAGAAGACUUAGCUGCCCUCUUUGAGGCUUCCAUGAAGCUUUAUUAGCUUAAACAUUUUAAUCAGAAAAGUAUGUUGUUUUCUAACUAGCACAAAGGUAAUUUCUUAUAGAUAUCAGGCUGAAUUUGUUUAGAGAAUGGACGAACUUGGGUUUCUUCGACUUCACCUCCAAUACACGCUAUUGAAAGGUCAACUAAUUCAUCUUUAGCUAAAUAGUACUUUGAAGUGAAAGCUUGAUUGUGGGUUUUUUGCUCAGUAAUCGGUAUUAUUCCUUGCAUAAAAGUUGUAUCAGACUGUUAGCUACAGUGAAGGCUUUCCUGUGCUUCAGAGGUAGUCAAAGGUGGAAAUUGUUUUUCAUGUGCUAUUCUGAAACAUUUCACAAAAUAUGAUUUUUAUUUAAAUUGUUCUUAAUUUAAUUAAUAAAGAAAGGGGAGUUCCUUGUAGAAAAUGUGAGCCUUCUAUAUUCUCUUUGCCUUUAUGAUCUUUUUCUAUCAUCUUGCUCUAGAGCUAUUAUAAGGCUAUUGAAGUAAUCUUGUUGAUUAAGAAAAAACUGAUGCACUUUUUACAUAUUUGGAAAAGGCUUCCUGACACUGAAUUUGGGGUUAAAUUUCUUUAAUGUAUUGUCAGAUAUUUGUCUUUUCUUUUAAGAUCUAUACGAAGCAUUCAUAGGGGGAGCAAAAACAGAGUAAAGCAUGGUUCCAAACUCAACAGGAACUGCGUAACAGCAAGACAUCAUCCAUCAUGUGUAUCUUGUCUCUGGAGGCAACAGCUUCAUUUUCCUGCUGCACGCUGUAGGAAGAAGCUAUCAACUGUAUCUUGCUUCUGUGUGAAGUAAUUGCUUCUGCUGAGCUCCUGCUGGUGCCGUCGCUCAGAGUGCAGCCACCCGCUUAAGGAAACGGCAGUAUGCUGUGGUUCAGUAUUAAAACGUGGUGGUAUAGCAUAUGGCUGCACAGUGCCCCACUGGGAGUGCUGGUUAAACGUGGGACUGAGUAUGCACAUUCAGAACAGUUAACCAGCUGGUUGACUGUCAACUGAGAAAGGGAAGCGGGAAAGGGAGAAACGAAACUCAGAUUUUAAUACUAUGUUUUUUUUCUUUUUAAAAUUGCACGCGGUCUGUGUGUACAAUUCAUUUAAAUCAGAUUGUACUUCACAUUUGACUUUCAGCACCAGCUUCCUGUAGCUACCACAGCACAACACAAAUAAGAGAAGAACCACACUACCUCUGAAGCGCUUGUUUCUUUCCGCCAAGGAGGGCCUAGCUCUUCAAUCACCUGUUGAAGUAGUGGGCUCUGUACUUGCAUCUUUGCACUCUUGCCUUUGCAUGGUAAGACUUGUGCUCUCCUGGAAUCUGAGGCCAGAUGUACGCUAGAUGUGGCACUCAGCCUGUUCAGUGCUCAGUUAAAGUAGGUAGAUUGAUACUGGUUGAAGACCAGAGAUUUUCUUUUUAACCAUAGAAUGGAUUUAGCGGCCAUAGGGACUGUACUGCCAGCAUGCCUCAGCCUGUUCCAAGAAACACGUUUGAUUUCCCCAUCCUUCUGAAUCUUGUCCUCUCUGCUGAAAUUGUCCACAAGAAUCACUAUUGCAAAGGCUUACUUUGUCAUGGCAAAAGGUGACAGAUUCACUUGACUCUAUUACACAAACUUGCUCUACUUAGGCAAGUAUUAUACAAACUUGCCUAGCCACAAAAAUACUUCUGGUUAAACCCAUUUCUAUAGAAUUUUUUGGUAUAUGCCAUCUUUCUACUCCUGUCUGUCUUUUUUUCAGCCUGUGGUAGCAGUAGAGUUCUGAAGAGAGAAUUUUUUCCAGGAGCCUAAUUCAUGGCAGCCAUGUCACUUAGAGAGAAUAUGGUUUGUGGGGAGCUGAGCAGCACGUGGGUUUCAUUACCGCACUUGAGCGCUUUGAUGGGCUAGUUAGGAAUGUAGGAUAUUUUACUUCAGUGUGCUUUUUAUGUACCAUUUAUGCUGAUAUGGCAGUUAUUAACAGGCUGGAUUUUCAAGCGACAGAAUUUGGCACUUAGCUUCCUACUUUCAGGUAACUCAGAGCUCUUGCUAAUUUUUGAAUUAAGCCUCACAAUGUCCUCUAAUUUAAUGAUUUUUAUCCAUAUUUUACAGAUGAGACAAAAGGCUUGAUAUUAUACAUAAUCCAACAAAAGCACAUUGGGGUACAAGAAAGGGCCAUUUCUCUUUCCCACAACCCUUUGGCAUCAGCUGCAUGAAUGUUUUCCUGACACCAGUUGUUAGCUACUAGUAGAAGUUUUCUGAGGAAAAAUCAAGGGAGCUUAAGUCACCACCCAUGGUGGUGUCUUUCAAACAGUGAGGGUUGGAUACUGUAUCACUGCCUGGUCCAUGACAUGUCCUGUAUUAUGUAACUGAAUUAUUCCAUAGUGAGAAAACCUAGUUAGUCAAAUAUAUCUGUAUCUUUGAACACAGUUGUUCCACAAGUGACUUGUAUUACUGCCCUAUAACUAAAAGCCUCCAUGACAUGUCUGUGACUGCCUCUAGAGGCUGCAGGAAUGCAAAUGAUGAAUAAUAUUGUACUUGCUAUAAACACAAACUUGUGAAAGGGAGAGCUGUGUUUAACUCUGUUAUGUUAACUUCAGUCUUAUAAAGUAGCUAUGAACCAAGGUCGUUCAGAGAAAAUAAGCUUUCAUUUGCAUCACAGAGAAUAAAGAUUAUUCCUACAAA